AUGUCGUGUGCAGCAGAAAUCGACAGAUCUCUUCACAUACUCCCCAAUGAAUCGCCAGUAUGCGUACUUGACUGUGUCGAUGCUUUCAACGCCUUGACGAAAAAGGAAAAGGAAUACGCCCACCAUUUGAGCAAGGCAUCUUAUGACGGAGGAUUGGCUGUGUUCCUUCAGGUUUCGCCGGAAUCUGCUGGACUUUUCGUGACAUUCUAUCGUAUGUUCAGAGCGGAGAGCAUCGAGGAACUCAAAGAAAAGGCUUUGCAAUGCGGCUUCACCGAAGAAGAAUGGGAUGGCUUCUUGGUGUACGUGGCUGGAUUUUACUUUAACAACGGAAAUUACCGUGGCUUCGGUGAUACCAAAAUUGUGCCAGCAGUGGAUGUGGCGAAAAUUGAUGCACUUGUACAACUAUCACUAGCUCAAGAGACGUCGCCGUCAUUUAUUAGCACCUGGGAAAAAGUGAAGCCUCUAAUCACUUCCCUCGAAGAAUCUCAACUCCGUUUGGGAUUUGGUAAUGAGGGUGUGACUUGCUACCAUAGUGAAAAUGUAACAAGAGAGGAUGCUACAAAGGUAGACAGGUACUUCAAGGCACGGAAUAUCGAAUCUUGGAACUCCAGACUGUUCAAGGAUCCCGAAACAAAAGAUGGCAAGACUGUUUAUCGAGUGAAACUAGCCAGUUCGAAAACAGAUGGAGCGACAGAGGAAGAGUUCGAAGACUCCAUUGUGGUGACAGAACGCGGUGACUAUUCUCCAUUGAUGGCUAGGGCAUGUGCUUCAUUGAAAAAGGCAAUAGAUUCGGCUGCUAAUGAGAACCAAAAGAAAAUGAUCUCCAAAUAUGUUGAACAUUUCACAGAGGGCGAUAUUAAGUCUCAUAAGGACGGCUCUAGAUUUUGGAUUAAAGACGUAGAUCCGGUGAUCGAGAGUUACAUUGGUUUCAUCGAGAACUAUCGAGAUCCAGCAGGAACUCGAAGUGAAUUCGAAGGAUUCGUGGCGUGCGUAAACAAAGAAACAUCAAAGAAGUUUAAGACGCUCGUGGGAAGAGCUGAAGAAAUUCUAACAAGGUUACCGUGGGGAAAAGCAUACGAAAAGGAUCAUUUUCUCAAGCCGGAUUUUACUGCUCUGGACGUGUUGGCUUUUGCCUCGAGUGGCAUUCCAUCUGGAAUCAACAUCCCCAAUUAUGACGAUAUACGGCAAAAUGAGGGUUUCAAAAAUGUGUCACUGGGAAAUGUUAUUGCUGCUACUCCGAAACAAAAAAUGAAUUUCAUUGAUCAGGAGGAUGAGGACUUGAUGCACGAGUAUCACAAAGAUUCGUUCGAAGUUCAAGUUGGAUUGCACGAAUUGCUCGGUCAUGGUAGCGGGAAACUCUUCCAGAGGAAUGCAGAUGGAACGUUCAAUUUCGAUAAAGACACUAAAGAUUUGAUUACUGGCAAACCGAUUGCAAAAUGGUAUGAGCCGGGUGAGACAUGGUCCUCUAAAUUUGGAGUGCUUUCCGGUGCCUAUGAAGAAUGUCGAGCUGAGGCUGUGGGUUAUGUACUUUCCUGUGACGCUGAUAUUUUAGAGAUAUUCGGUUAUACGGGUGAAAAGGCAGAAUUGGUCAAAUAUGUGAAUUGGUUGAAUGAGAUUCGUGCUGGAUUGCUUGCUCUCGAGUUUUAUUCUACAGAAGCGCAAAAGUGGGGUCAGGCUCACUGUUAUGCUCGCUUCGUGCUGACAAAAGUUUGCCUUGAAGCAGGUCAAGAUUUUGUGACGAUCACAGAAUGUGUUGGCGAGGACGGCAAACCAGAUCUCAAGUUCAAGCUUGAUCGGACCAAGAUAGAUUCAGUUGGUCGCCCGGCAGUUACCGCUUUUCUGGCCAAACUUCAGGCUUAUAAAUCUACCGGAGAUCUCGAAGGUGGUAGGGAACUGUUUGAAAGCUACGGUAAAGUAACGGACCGGGAAGUUCGUUGGCGUGACAUCUGUAUUGCUCGGCGUAAGCCACGACGAAUAUUUGUGCAGGCUAAUACGGAGAUAGACGAUAAGGGAGACGUGAACCUGAUAUCGUAUGAUGCGACUGCAACGGGAGUAAUCCAGUCGUUCGUGGACCGUUAUGAUGCAGAAGCGAUCGACGAUCUGGAGGAAUGCUGGAAUCGGGACAGCGUUUGGUACCCUCGAACUUACGGUGCCAAUUGA